AUGCACAGCUGGUCAAAGUGCCACCAGGAGGUCAAGCUUCCAGAGAAGUUUUCAAACUUCUUUGCUAGGGUAAUUGUGCCAGCACAGGCCAGAGUACAGCGCCUUCAGACAAAGGGGAAGGUGGCAGAGCUGACCAUCUUCCUUGGCGAGCGGGUGAAGAAGUAUCAAUCCUCUGAAUCGGCAGGCGUUGGCAGCUCAAGAAGUCAGGUUGACGACUUCCGCACUCGCUAUCCUAGGUUGCUCUCUUUGCUGGAAGAGAGCAGUUCUUGCACAUUGGCAGAGCUCUUCCAGCCGUCCAGCAACGCGCAGGAGGCUCAGAAGAGCCGUGAAAUACGGCAGGACAUACUGUCAAAAGUGCUGUCAAAAAGUUGUCCUCUUUCCAACCGAAUCGUCCUAGAGCUAGAGGCACUAUGGGUUCGAGCUGGAGAGCCUCGGUCCAGUGUUGUGAGCUUUCUCCAAGGGAUCGAUCCAGCGGGUCUUGGGACCAGCAAGGCUCAAAGUGUAGACAUGAAACUCUCCAGGCUCUGCAUUGCCCACGCUGCUGCCCGCAAAAGCAAAGACUCGCUUCAACCAGCUUUCCUGAGCCAGCAGGACGAGACUCUCUUUGUUGUUGGGAAGCCCAGCCUUCGAUCUGAGCCAAUCGGAAUCGCAACCCUUCAACGGCGCUUGCGGCGUGUUACUGCAGAUCGAGAUCUGUACAUUGAAGAGCUUUGUGAUGUUGCUAGCGAGCAGCGAGAUGCUGCUAGGGCGGAAGUCGACAAGCUUGAGCAGGAGCUCGCUAAGUUGCGAGAAGCGUCCGCGCUGCGAAUCUUGGACGUGGAGGGUCGGGUGGAGAUCUUAGAGGAGAAAAUUGCAUGGAGCUUUGAAGAGAAUGUGGAGCUGCAGGAUCAGAUGGAGGAGUUGACAUUUAGACUUGCUGGUGAGAAGGUAGUCACUGAGGAGCGCGAUGAACUGAUUCUGCAGCUAGCGGCAGCUCAGCAGCAAGUCGACCUUGCGCAAGCGGACCUGGCAGCCGCCCUAGAGGCUGUCGCAGUGAGCAAGUUGCUGAAAAAAGGGGCUCGCCUCAAUGCAUCACCUCCAGUUAAACAGCGGUUAGUAGCGGAGUUGAAGCGCAAUGCCAAGAAGCGGAGCAGCCGGCACGAGGCACAGGUCCAAUCGCUGCGCGAGGAGCUGGACGUGCUUCAAGCCAAACUGGAUUGCGCAAGAGCUGCAGCUACGACGGCCCAGGGGCGGGCCAGCAACGUCCUCAAAGCCUGCCAGCGGAAGGAGCGGCAGGAGGCCAUCAAGGUGGAGAAGUUGCGGGAGGAGAACGCCCAAUUGCGAGAGCGGCUCGAGGAGUUCCUCUCAGAGAUCAAAACCUUCGAGAACGGGCAGUACAUAGCGCAGAUACGCGAGGUGUACUACGAGCUGUUGGAGUUGAACGUGGCGUCAGGGCAGAUUGAGAGGGUGCUCCGGCUGGUCCUUUGGAAACUGGCAGGUCGGAAGCUUGGCAAGCUCCCAUCGGAGUCGCUUUGCAAAGAGUUCUACCGGGAGAUGCUGGCGCUGUCGCACCUGCACCUGGCGGAAGUGUUUGGGGGCGAAGCGGAGGAAGCCGACACCCUUCACUCGGACGGGACAAGCAAAUGGCAGGACAAGUUCACCGGCUUCCAGCUCACUCGGUUGGAGCCCGUGAAGGUCGAGCGGGGGGGACGGAUGGUGACGGAGCUGGUUCAGAGGUCCUAUACGUUGGGCAUGCGGCAAGUUGCCGAUGGGACAGCAGAGGGGGCGCUGGAGAUGCUGAAGGAGAUUCUGGGGGAUGUGGAGCGCGCCCAACGCUCAAUCGACCCCUCUUCGAAGGAGGGGUCCGUGGUUACCAGCAUCGUCUCUAAGAUCAAGAACACCACGUCUGACCGGUAA